AUGGUGAAAAGGGUUCUUAUGUUGCAUGGACUGGCGCAGUCGGGGGAAUAUUUUGCAUCCAAGACUAAAGGUUUUAGAACCGAGUUAGAGAAAGAAGGUUAUGAAUUGAGUUAUGCUACUGCUCCCAAGGAAUUUUUGCCAGCUGAUAUACCUGAUAGUUAUAGUGAAGUCUUAGAGGGUUCAUUAGGGGUUGUUUUAGCUUGGAUCGAGAAUGAUCUGGUUAAUAAUAGUUAUUUCUUGCCUAAGGAGACUAUUGAUUAUUUACAUGAUUAUGUGUUGGAUAAUGGUCCAUUUCAUGGUAUCGUUGGGUUUAGCCAAGGUGCUGGUGUGGCUGGGUAUCUGAUGACCGAUUUCAAUGGGUUGCUGGGAUUAUCUGUUGAAGAACAACCGCCUUUGAAGUUCUUCAUUGCAUUUAGUGGAUUUAGAUUCCGUCCUGAAAUUUACCAAGAACAAUAUGAUAAACAUCCAAUUACUGUACCUUCAUUACAUGUUCAAGGUGAACUUGAUACUAUAACUGAGUUCGAUAAAGUAGAAGGUCUUUACAACUCUUGUUCUCAGGGGACAAGAACUUUAAUUAGACAUCCUGGUGGACAUUACGUUCCAAAUUCCAAAGGGUUCAGUAAAAAAGUUAUAAAUUGGUUACAUCAAGUGGACAAUUGA